AUGUUCUCACCGAGGUUCCUGCUGCUCCGGUCGGCUGCGUCCUUGACCUCCAGGCCGUUCUGCAGCGGAGGCGUGUUGAGGCAGAGCAGGGCGGUGGACAUGGAGGAGGGAAAUCCCAUUUUACACGUUUCAAACGUGAGGGAUCAGCUGAGAGCAAUCGUGGGAGCUUCUACUAACUGGAGCGACCAUCAGCAGGCGUUGGCGGACCGCGUCUCGCUGUCCAACAUGUUGGCCAAGUCUCAAAACGACCUCCCAGCUAAGACGAUGAAGGACAGCUACAGAGAAGUCCUUCUGCCUCUGGGCUCAGAGCCGCAGCUCCGAGAGAAAUACCUGACCUUCCACAACACCGUCAGGUUUGGCAGGAUCCUGGAGGACUUGGACAGUUUAGCAGUCCUCAUCUCUUACUCUCACACCUAUAAUGCGGAGCUGAAGAGGUCUCCUUUGUCUAUUGUUACGGCCCUCGUGGACAAGAUCGAUAUGAGGCAGCACACCAUCUAUCCUGACUGUGAUAUCAAGUUCACCGGUCAUGUGACGUGGGUCGGGAAGACCUCUAUCGAAGCCAAGAUGCACAUGUCACAGUUUCGUGAUGGAGUUUAUGCCCCGGUGUUGGAUGCUACGUUUGUCAUGGUGUCUCGAGACCCGGAGAACAAGAGAGCAGCGUUUGUGAAUCCACUGAAACCAGAAGGAGCAGAGGAGGAGAAGAUUUUCCAGGAAGGAGAAGCUAAUAAAUCUCGGCGUGUGGAGCUGAGCACGGCGUCGCUGCUGAAAGUCGCUCCGGCAGACGAGGAGAGGAAGAUCGUUCACAAUCUGUUCCUCAACACUCUGGACACAAAGACGGUCAGUUUCCGCAGCAGAGUUCUGCCUCCGAACUCGGUUUGGAUGGAAGACGCCAAACUGAAAGGACUGGAGAUCUGCCAUCCUCAGGAGAGAAACAUCUUCAACAGGAUAUUUGGAGGUUUUCUGAUGAGGAAAGCCUACGAGUUGGGCUGGGCCAACGCCUGCUCCUAUGGAGGAUGUCGACCCAACCUGGUGGCCGUGGAUGACAUCCUGUUCCAGAGACCUGUGGAGAUCGGAUCCCUGCUCAUGCUCUCAUCACAGGUGUGUUACACGCAGGGGAAAUACAUCCAGGUCAGAGUUCACAGCGAGGUGUUCGACCCUCUGACCAGCCAGCACAACACCACCAACGUCUUCCACUUCACCUUCGCCUCCGACCGCGACGUCCCCAACAUCAUGCCGAUGACAUAUGGAGAGUCGAUGUUGUAUCUGGACGGGAAAAGACACUUUAACCAAACCGUGGAGUCAUGAGAGCAUCACGUCUACUUCCUGCCAAAAUCUGUCUCUGUCUGUGUGUGUCUGUCUCUGUGGGUGUGUGUGUGAAUGAAACUGAAAGCACUUCAUACAACAUAUCUGUCUUUCUUUACUUUAAACAACCAAACGGUGAUUAUUAUCUUAUCAUCUCUGUUAUUUUUACUUGUUCUGACAGUUUACAUUUCACAGUUCGGACCGUCAGCACUACACAAAGACAACCUCUUUAUUUUUAUACAUUUAAUUUACUCCUUUUCUUCUCUGUUUCUUUGUAUCAGCGUUUACAACUUCUCACCUCUCGUAUCGGACUGAUGAGAGUGAAGCAGAGGUCCAGUCUCUCUCUGUCUUCCAUAGUACUGUCUGCAUGGCUUUACAGUACAUUACAUUUUUAUAUAUUCCAUUGUCGCUUAUACGCACAAGACUUAUUUUACUUUACUGUUCUUUUUUUUAACGUUGGUUUGGAGGCUUUACUCUGAAUGAUUCAGGCUGCUGUGUGAAGGAGUGAGGGAGGGUGAGGUUUCAUUUUUCUGGCCUUAAGUUGUGUAUUUACUCAUAAAAUGCAAUAAAUAAAUGCUUAUUUAUCU